GGAAGGAGCAAUCGACUUCUCAGUGACGACUCAAAAAAACUCCCAACCUCUUUAAUGGCUGUCUCCAAACGCCACCGUCAGUAAAGCUCAGAGAUGGCUGCUGGUGUGACCAAACUAGGCACGGCACUAUCCGUAGUCUUUGUAGCCUUUCUUUUAGCUCUCUUUGCUCAGCUCAUUCUUGUUCUCUGCCACCGCCGCCGCCGCCGAUGUACCGACCUUCCAGUCACCGGCGAUGCUGAACGAGCGCCUACAUCUUCAUCGGCUUCGAAAGUGCUUUUCAUGUUUUUCUGCCUCGGGACUGACACGCACGCCUCCCGGGUUGAACCCAGCGCCACCCCGAUGAGUCUCCACGAGUCGACCUGGCCCACCCCUGAGCCACCGGAGAUGGAUCUCGUCGAUCUGCUGAAGCUUUCCGGGGGCCUUCACGGCCCCUCAAAGAUUCUGUUCACGAUCAAGGAAGAAGAAAAGGAAGACUUGGAAUCGGUGUGUUCUAACUCCGCGGAGAAGGGUCUUCCAAAACGGAUAAUAAAGAAUGGCGGCGAAGACGGCGGGAGGAGCUUGGAGCAAUGUUUUGACAUGGAACCGCAGGUUGUCCGCGCAAAUGACGAUGAUAGCCGUGUGGAUGUAGAAACGACGCCGUUCUGUACCCCCUGCACUUCGCCGUCUUAUUUCACUCCCUCGGCCUCACCGGCUCGAUUACAUUCAAAUAUCAUGCCGCCGCCGGCCGCCGGCAGGUGACAUUUGGCGCUGCGUUGCCCUUUUCUUAAGUGAUGGAUUUAAUUCCGUUUUUAGCCUCCUAUUAUUAAUUAAAACAAAACUUUUUCUUUAUCUUUGACUUUUAUUUUUCUACCCUUAAUCGGUACCUGGUGAUAUUUUGUCUCUUGUAUUCUUCCGGCUAUCUUUUCACAAAAAAAAAAAAUACCUAUUGAUGGUCGGUAAUAUUACAAGUUUCAAAAUACCCAUCAUCAAUCAUUCGGUAGAAAAAGGAAAGUUAACGAUAAAAAAAUAGGAAUAAUGGAUAAGAAUAAUCUCAACCAUUAGUGAUUUGUUUUAAAUAAUCUAAAGUAUCAAUUAUCUUAAAAUAAUUUCAACUAUUAAAUUUUGUUCUCAAAGUACUUCACUUACUCAUGAAUAUUAUAAGUUAUUUAUGGAAAUUAUAAGUCACCGGAAUUUUGAGAAUAUUCUUCAAUAGUUUGGAUUAUUUUGAUAUAAUGGAUACUUUGGAUUAUUUCAAACAGAUAAUUAAUAGUUGAGAUUAUUCUUGUCCAUUUUUCCUAAAAAAAAUACACGUGGAAAGGAUUGUCAUAAUAGUGGUGGACAAAAUAGGAGAUAAAUCUUACUUUUACCUACUUAAUUAUUUAUUUUUAGAAAUAAAUAUUUUAAUGGAAUAUAAUUAUAACGAAUGUUAACUUAGUUUAUUAUCGCCAAAUAUCGUGUGGUCUUAUAACAUCACUGUAACACUGUCAAUGAGGAGGUUACGAGUCCAAAUCUCAUUCAGUUAAAAAAUGUUGGCUUUAGAAUAGAACAAAUGCUAUGAUAGGUUUGAACGCAUUGUGGACGUUAACUAUAUUGAUAACAUUUACUUCAUAUAAUUACAUAAUACCGCGUGUCACAUGUGGCAAGAGAGAAAAAGACACAUAAAUAUUAGUAAAGAAAAUAUUUUUCUCCUUAUUAUGUGAUUUUAGUAAGUUUUUCUCUACAUUUUCAAGAAUAAUAUCUAGAUGUAGACAUUAUUGAAAAAGAUAGGAAUGUCAUUCAUUUGUUUUUAGGAAUUUUAUCAAUCCAAGACAUAAAUCAAUUAUCAAUUCGGGACUUGAAAGAUGAAAGUUAUUGAUAUGAGACCCCAAUAAUGGAAAACUAUCAAUCUAGGAUCCAAAUGAUUGAAAAAUAUCAAUACAUGACCUAACUUUUCAUAAAUUUAAUAAUUUUUUAAUUUUUUUAAAAAUAAAUAUUAUUUAGUUUAUUAAACUAAUAAAUUUUGUGAAAAAAAUUCGUCAAAUAUUAGCAAUGGAAUUAAUAAAAAUUUAAAUAAAUCAAAACCUAUGAAAUGUUAGGUCAUAGAUUGAUAGUUUUUCAUCAUUCAGGUCCUAUACCGAUAUAUUUCAUCUUUCAGAUCCCGGAUUGAUAAUUCAUACAAUAUAUCUUUUGAGUCCCGGAUUGAUAAAAUUCCUUGUUUUUAUGUGUCCUUCACUCUGGUGAGUGGUGACACUUGUGCAUCAUGCAAGUUCUUGCAUUGGAAAUGCUUAUAUAUAUAAUGACCAUUUAAUUUGUACUAUUUCUUAAAGAAGUUCUAUAAUUUAAUUUCAUUGUGCUCCAGACUUUAAAUUUCUUAUUUAGAAAAGGUACCAAAGCAUUCAAGUAUCCCUCUUUAACAUGAUUACGAAUCGAGUCGAUAACAUCGAGUAAAAUUCGCCAAAUCCGUUGAGUUAUGGGAUUUUUUAAAAAUACAUUUUAUGAAUAUUUAAAGAAUAAAUUAUAUGAAAAAGAGCUAAAUUAUUGAAUAAAUCACAAAUGAUGGAUGAAUUGUUUGUGGAUGAAACUUAAUGAGUGAAGGAUGAUUCGGGUGAUGGAUGGAUGAGGGAGGACCUUCACCAACCCAAAUCUGACCCAUUGGUGGUCUAUUCGGAGCAAGUUCAUUUCUUAUUGAGUUACUCAACAUUCACUUUCUUGACUUCAUAAUCGCGACUACACAAAUAAUUGAGGCUAGAAGUGGACAUGGUCCCGAUCCCCGGACCGGUUUGAACCGGAAUCUGUCGGUUCUUAUUAUCAAACCAGGACGGGCGGAGCAGUUCAAUUAUAAGACUGGUACCAGGGUGGUUUAUGGAGACCGAUCACGAGCCUUAGCUAUUGGGUGCGACUGGGGAUGGUUCAGUCCUGGUUUGGUCACAAUGGCUCGUUUAUAUUUAUUUCUUGUUUCCUAUUGACUAAGUCAAUAUAGCUGUUGGAGGGGGGGGGGGAGAUCUUCCUGCAAUGGCUCUUAGGAUUGUUGGUAG